AUGUCUCCCAUCGCCGUACAAGACAUUGUCGAUACCCCGGUCUAUGCGAAAAAGGACCUACACAAUCCUACUCCUACCACCACCACAUCACCGACCAAGCCUGCAAUUGUUCGAUGUGACGCAAAUGAUCCUUCGACAACCACCGAUCAUCUGAUAUCUAUCCUCGAGAGGGAUGGGGGUGUCAUUGUGGAAAAUAUAAUAACCAAAGAACUCGCGUCUCGGAUCAAAUCCGAACUAAAGCCCUACUUCGACACAGACAAGAAGGACAACAGUGGUUUCUUCCCUGAGACGACUCAACGAGCGACGGGACUCCUAGGUCGAUCGGAUGCAUGUGUCGAGCUAGCCACAAACAAGACAUAUAUCGAUGUUGCAAACAAGAUGCUUUCCUCGACGUUCACAUAUUGGUCUGGUCAAACGCAGGAGACUGUGACGUCAAAGCCCAUUAUAUCCUCGACCGUCGCAUUCCGAGUGAAUCCCGGAGGUAGACAGCAGGUAUUGCAUCGGGAUGACAGUGACUAUCACACCCGGAAUGUUGACAUGCCGAUGAUGCUCGGGUGUGUAACUGCCAUAACCAAGACCACCAGGGAGAAUGGGGCCACUAUCUGCAUCCCCGGAUCUCACGUUUGGGGACCAGAUCGUUGUCCCUAUGACGAAGAAGCCGUUCCGGCUGAACUAGAGCCAGGUGAUGCCUUGAUCUUUGUUGGCAAUUUAUACCAUGCCGGUGGCGGGAACAUCACAAAAGAUCAAUUCCGAGAGACGGUUGGAAUCUUCCUUUGCAAGCCAUAUUACCGACAGGCAGAGAACCAAUAUCUGAUGGUCCCACCUGAAAAAGCAAAGAGACUGCCGCCGCAAGCACAGCGGCUUCUGGGAUACGGCAUCUCCCUUCCUUCUUUGGGCUUCAUGAAUUAUCAGGACCCGAUGCGGGUGCUGUUUGGCGUGGAAGAUGAAGAAACCGUGGACAUGUAA